AUGCCAUCUAUCCAGCUGCCACUGCUGCUCCUUUGCCUGACCUUGUGUGGUGGUUGCCUCAGCGAGAGGCAGCCCUUUCCAGAGGGAAGUGAGAACAUGGGAAGAAGUCCCCUGGAUGACAUCCUGCAGAGAUCUGACAGCCUCGUUCUCCAGUCUGUCCUCAAGAAAGCUGAAAAGGAAGGAGAGAUUAAUAAAGAAUCAAAUGCCCCUCUGCCAGAAUGGCUUUCCAAAAGGCAGCACCUUGGGAAAAAGUACUUGAGUGAGCUGGAGAAGAGACAGCAUCCCGGGAAAAGAGAUGCUGAGGAAGACACAUCUUAUGGAGACAUCCGGAAGAGGCAGCAUCCAGGGAAAAGAGAGAUAGAAGAUGACCUUGACAGCUCUGUGGAGCUGAAAAAGCGACAGCAUCCUGGGAGAAGGUCAUUGUUGGAACAGGAUGCUGAUAUCCCUCGUGCACAGCUAACCUACUUGAAUGAGUUAUCCAAAAGACAGCAUCCAGGCAGAAGGUAUCUGAUCUACAAGCACCAGAAUCCUAGCAAAAGAGGCUGGAAUGAUGAGGUAGACUUAACUGACCGAUAUGGUGAGAAACACCAGCACCCUGGAAAAAAGCACUGGAAUUUUGACAGUCCAGAUGAUGCAGGCCCCUGCAACUUUCAGGAGUCCUUCACCUGUAACAAAGGCAGCUUGUUGCUUGAUCUAGUAGAAAAUGUUGGCAAAGAAAAACGUCAGCACCCAGGAAAGAGAUCAGCAUGGGAGAGUGAAACAGAAGAAUGA